CCAGAGCUUAGGUAUCAACCAAGAUGGUCACCAUGUUUUCUUCUCGUCGUCUGAACCAUAUCAUCAGUAUGGGCAAUGUCCGCCAACGAAAUAGCGUCAUCUACACUCUACACCCAUGAGCCGCUAAACACGGAGAGACAGCAGAUACGCCUGCUCAAGCUUGCAAAAGACUGUACCGGACCACUACAAUGUGUAGUCAAGAUCUUUGACUUGGACAAUGCACCCUCAUACUCUGCACUCUCGUAUAGGUGGGGAUCACCCGUAACAGAACUCGAAAUCUUUCUGGAUGGCCGGUCUUUCCGUGUCCGCGAAAACCUCUUCCACUUCCUGCAGACAUUUCGUCGUGAGCAGGAGGCGACAUAUCUCUGGAUCGAUCAGAUUUGUAUCGCACAAUCCAAUGUCAAGGAGCGGAAUCACCAGGUCAACUUGAUGUCUAGGAUCUACAGCCAAUGUCGGUCUACGAUUAUAUGGCUAUGUGAUGCCCAGGGCCUCUACUCUCGUUUCGCAGCAGACUUCAAUACCACCGGAAAGAGUGCCUCUUUGGCUCCCCUCAUCGCUGAUCCAUACUUUACGCGGCUUUGGAUAGUGCAAGAAGUGCUGCUCUCACCUCAUGUGCGAGUGCUGGUCAGUGGUAACAUUUGGGUGUCGUGGGACGCCAUGGGAGACUGCUUCAAGACCAAAGGUUGGAAGCCGACACCUGCGAAAGCACUAGUGCUACCACAAUUCGGCCAGGAAAUCCGGCCGUCAGAACUAAGCUGGUACAUACGCAGGUUUAGCAGCAAUGGCUGCGAAGAUGCUCGCGACAAGGUGUUUGGACUCCAAGGCCUGGUCCGUCCAGAAAAGCGCCUGAAUGUUGACUACAAUAAGCGGCCAUUUGAGGUUUGGGUCGACGCCGUUCUUGCGUGUCCGAUUCGUAAGCAGUUUGAAGUUCUCUGGCAUCUUGGCGAGGAUAUGGGUAUUGAGACUGCUGAUAUUGUCAGCUUGGACUCUUUCCUGGCACUGAUCUUGCCCAAUAUACGUGCACCCGAAUCCAAAAACACCAUGUUGAUAUCUUCAAUCGGCAUUCACACGGAUAUAAAACCUAUAGAGAGAAAACGACCCCCCGUCGCAAGGCGUGGAAAACGGGAGAGGGCAGAAAAACCAGACAUACGACCUAAGGUCUGGAUACACAGUAUGGACAGUGAAAAUGCAUUUCUGAACCCCCGAAAAUCACAUUCAGCCUGCAAUCGUUGCGAGACAUUCCGGAUGUCAGGCACAGAGUUCAACUCUUCACGCGGCCCCUGGGACAUCGUGGAGGACAUAAUGAACGGUCAGUCUAUAGAAUGCGGCCUAGAGGCUCAGGAAAAACGCUGGGCCAUGCUCGAGAAAAGGCGGCAAGGCCCUGGAUAUCGGUCAUUUCCGAGGGUAUAUGUCAAAAGAUGGUAUUUCUCCUAUGGAGAGAAGACAUACAAAUACAUGUGUGCACCUGACUGGGAGGCUGUAUGCCAACUGGAUCCCUUAUUAAUGAAGUCAAUAGCAGAAAGACUCUGUGAGACCGCGCUGAGGGAGCAAGAAGCUCGCAUGGCUGAAUUGGCAAAGAAAAGUCUCAUGCUUCACCGCCGGCGCUCCUAUUGAGAUUGUGGUUGUUACGUAGAGGGUAUUGUCGCGGGAGAGCACGUGGAGGUAUAAUGGAGCCACCCAGAUGUGCUCUGAGUGGCUCAGGAGCGCCCUCGUCAUCACGGAGGCGCUCAUCAGAGCUGCCCAAGUCAGUGAGCAUGUGACACAUGACUCAGACGCUCCUGGAGCUGGAGGAACGUAGCUCUGAACGCUCCCUAUUUAGAAUCGUCCCAUCUGAUCUUGUAGCAGAUCAGUGGUCCAAUAUAUCGAUCACCU